AUUGGUUUACCGAGUUACUAAUGGUAAGGAUUGUCAGAAUUGACAAAAGCAGAUUGGGAGCAGCUUUUUUUAAAAAGUCUUUUGUUGUGAUUUUGAAUUGUCAGAUUUGAUUGUAUUUCAUCAAUAAACAUCAUGUUAAUUAAUGAAUAUACUCUGACAUUAAGCAUGGUAACCAGUUCCUUUUUGACUUCUUAAUUUAUUGUAUAAUGAUCAUAGAUAUGGGAUUGUGUAUCUGCCGUGAUUGGCUUCUUAAGGAAACGACUUCAUUUACACCCGAAAGAGACCCUGAAAAAGAUUUUACCAAUGCUAGAGUUCGUAACAGUAGUGGUAACUCAGUGCAUCAACCUAGGUAUCACGCACAUUCUGAACCUCCCAACGAUGUUAAUGAUCAUGUUAUACCUGAUAGCUCUGGAAUUCAUCGUACAUUCUUAGAACUACCUUCCUUACCCGCAGCAUCUCAUCAAAAUCAGUCAAUCGAAGUUAUAAAUCCUGGUGACCGUUCCUUCGGAGAAAAUGCUCAGGAAAUAUCCUACAACAAGAUUUCAGUGCGAGAACCACUAUCAAAAGUACUAGCUGAAAGGGCUAUUCUCGAGCACCAUUACAAUGAAGUUGAUGAAGAAGGCAAUUCAUGUUUUUAUGAAGAAAUUGCCGGAGCUACAAACUCUUCUGUUACUUCGUUUGUUGAUGAAAGUAAAUUAGGGAGACAAUCAAGCGACGAAGCUGAUGUAAUUACUGAUCCUGGUUAUGAAGUAGUUAAAUUCCACCAACAAAAAAGUGAACCUUGUUAUGCAAUUAUUGAUAAAAGUUUGAACAAUUCUAGUAAUGAUGAACCAGAUUCACAAGCAAUGUCAGCUCAUGGAAAUAAGACGGAUAGACAAUCUGACAAAGAGGAUUAUUCGCUCGCAGAUCCAGGUUAUGAAGUGGUUAAUUUUUCUCCCCAGAAAAGUGAGCCUUGCUAUGCAAUUAUUGACAAAAAUUCCAACAAUUCUAAGAACACCGGAAUUGAUGAAUCAUGUCAGCCAUCGAGUUCAUCAACUGUACAUAACCAUAUUAAACCAUCAAGACAAUCUGAUGAAGACGAUGAUGAUGAUGAUUAUUUAAUGGCUGAUCCUGGUUACGAGGUGAUAAACCUAACUCAGCAAAAAUGUGAACCUUGUUAUUCUGUAAUUAGUAAAAGUUACAACAAACCUGGGAAAAGACUUUUAAAUUCUGGUGACGAUAAAACUAGGCAUUCAGAUGAUGAAUAUGAUUUGUCUGCUGAUCCAGGUUAUGAAGUUAUUAAUUUAAAUCACCAAAAAGUGGAACAUUGCUAUGCAGUUAUUGAUAAAAAUGUCAUUAGUCCCGAUGAUGGAGAAGUUUCUGGCAUUAGGAAUCCAUCAAGAGCAUCAAUUGUAAAAGAUAGCAAAUCCAGACAACCUGACGAUUAUGACUUGAUUGCUGAUCCAGGCUAUGAAGUGAUAAAUCCUUACAAACAGAAAAGUGAACCCUGUUAUGCAGUUAUUCGCAAAAAUCUCGAUAGUGAUGAAACUUGUGGUUCUAAAAGUUCAUCUAUUUCAUCAAACGUUAAUGAUGGGACGACAAGGCAAUCUGAUGACGAUGAUUUUAUAGCUGACCCAGGUUAUGAAGUAAUCAACUGUCAUAAGCAAAAAAGUGAAGAUGAGCCUUGUUAUGCAGUUAUAAAUAAAAAUUGCUCUAAACCAAGGAACAGUGAUAGCAACAAACCACAAAAUUCCUUAUUUAAAACUAUUGUUAACCACAGUGUUGAUCAAAAAUCAGAAGAUGAAGACGAUUCAUCUGCUGAUCCUGGAUACGAAAUUGUUAAUUUUCACCAGCAGCCAGAAAAUGAGGAACCAUGCUAUUCGGUUGUCAAAAAAAAUUUAAAAUAACUUAACUCAUCCCGUGUAAUCCAUUCUAACCACUGAUCCAGUUAUAAGCAUUUUUAAUUUUUUUAUGAAACAUAAAAUUUUCUUGAUUAUCUUUUAUGUAUCGACUUACAUUUAUCAUUGUACUUUUUCAAGUUUCAUUUUUUCGAUUAAGAUUUAAAUCAU